CAAGGCGGGGCGCCAGUGGGGGAGGGCAGUUUAAAGAUCCAGCAGAUGGCUUCGCAGUGUUCCGUUUGAACAGAACUUCUCGCAAAAGGAGCUAGGGUGUUAGUGCUAGACUCCUUUCACAUCGGCAUUACCGAGCGAACGAUUUGGUCUUAAACCUUGGAAACCUACUUUGAGAAGAACAAAUGCGUGGGAUCAGAACGGGCGACGGGAAAGAGAACACUCUGGUGGAUGACAUUGCUCGUGUUCUGUCAUGCUAUUCCGAACUGGUAGAAUGAAUCUACGGGUGUUAUUUGGAUUUGUGCUUUUAGCCCUUCAGUCAUCUGGUUUUCAAAUGGCUGUUGCACAGAAUGCAGGUCAAUGUGGUUCCAUUUCAACAAAAAACUUGGUUGCCAGUGUCAAUUCCAGCUACAAUAUAACCUGCUACUUUUGUGAAUUUGGUGCUGCUGAUCAGGUUAAAUGGAAAUAUGCUGGCAAUCUCCUCCCCAGCAGCUACUACACUAAGAUCACCUCCAACGUUAGCAUGGUGUCACUGAAUAACCUUGGCCUAACCAGCCAGCAAGGAGAAAAUCUGACGUGUACAUUUAAAACGGAGUCUUACACCACUUCGGUCAAGACUGGAUAUCCCCCGGAGGCUCCUCGGGAUUUGGAAUGUGUAACCCAGAACUUUGGUAAACUCAAAUGUUCUUGGCGCACAGGAAGAGAUACAAAUAUAGAAACAAACUACACUGUCUGCUCUUGGUUAGGAGAUACCUGCACUGAAGUGGGAGCUAAAACCUUUAUCGAGCGUGACUUUGUUGCAUUUCAAGAUUUACAAUUGCAGAUAACUGCUACAAAUGAAUUAGGCAAACAGACGUCAGAAAAAUUUCGAAAGGUAGAAAGUGACAUUGUAUUUCAACCUUACACACCAGAACUCCUCAGGGUGUUUAAAGGUCUAACUGACUUCCAGUUAACUGUGGAAUGGAAUGAAGGUGGUACAAAAUAUGGUGUGGGUUUAAAACUGAUCUUCGAAAUCCAAAUCAUCCACACACACACAAUGCGAGAGGUCUGGAGGGGGAAUUACAGUAGUGCUCUGGACUUUUCCCGGGACAGGAUCCUGCAGUUCAAUUGGACAUCAGAUAUGCCUCUCCAGUGCACAGCACACUCUGUGAGGAUCCGUGCUAUUAGUGGCGAGAGUGAAGUCCUAUUUUCUGGUGUCAAAGCUUGGAGUGACUGGAGUCUAGUCUUAACACUUGAAGGGCUAGACACAUUUAACCAAACCAAGGGUCAAGUCUAUCCCGUGGAUGGUACUGUUCUUAAGGCAGGAUCCAGCUUGACGUUUUGUUGUGUAGCUGGUCAAGGAAAAAAAAUUGAUGAAUUUUUGUUUAGUGACUUGAAUGCAUCAGUUAUUGAAUUAAGUGACCGGAGCCAGGCUGUCAAGGUCCAGAAUGUCACCCCCUCGAUAGAAUCUGGAACAAACGUUCUUUGCAUUAUAAACAAGAAGGAGUACGAAGGAGCAGUCAUAUUUAUUGGCUAUCCCCCUGAUUUGCCAAGAAAUCUCAGCUGUGAAACACGUGACUUAAAAACACUAAACUGUACUUGGGAACCAGGGAGGUCAACUUCAUUAGUCUCUAAACGUCGGACUAUAUAUACUCUCAUCGACAGGUCAUCAGAGAUCACCUUACCAUGUGAAGAAGCUUCAAAGAUCUACCCGAGUUACUGGUGCAGUUUUCCUAUUUCAAAUGGCAGUGGUGUAUAUAAUCUUUCAGUAUAUGGUAAAAAUCCAUUGGGGGAAGCUCAGUCCCAUAUAACAGUGGAUGUGAUCAGUGUGUUUCACCCUUAUGCCCCUCACCAACUGAGUGAAGAAGCCAAAAUAUUAAGAAGUAUCAAUGUAUCCUGGUCAGAUCCAGUAGAUUAUACAGGGAUCUCACUGCUUUGUGAGAUGAACAUAAGAGAUCAUUUGGGGAGCAACAUGUCAUAUAACUACUCUGUGCUUGGAGGACCAGUGGACGCAAGUCACGUCGUAACAUUAGACAAUUUAAGACCUAAUACGCGAUAUUCCAUUCAGGCUCGCUAUUCUGCUCAGCACUUUUGGAAGUGGAGUAAAUGGAGCAAUUUGCUAAAUUUUCUAACUGAGCAAGCUGCUCCAUCAACUAGCCUGAAUGUCUGGAGAAAGAUUAUGCCAAACAGGACGGUGAUGAUUUACUGGAAGCCACUUUCAGAUGCUGAGGCAAAUGGUCAAGUUUUAUCCUAUAAUAUAACUUGGAUGAAGAUAGGAAGCAACUUGUCAACCACAGUUGAGAGGUCAACUUCGGGUGUAGCAAUAGAUCUCGAUCAAGCUGCCUAUAUAAUUACAGUAAUAGCACAAAAUAGUGCUGGGACAUCACCGCCUUCUGUGGUUAGGAUUCCUGCACACACUAAUGAUGAACAUUUGGGUGACUUCAAAGCCAUUGGUGUUGGGGACGGAUUUCAUGUGACUUGGCUGAGGCACCAAGUUGAGAGCUGUGGUUAUACUGUCGAGUGGUGUGAAGUCUUGAGUUACUCUGCGUGUAACAUAAGUUGGCAGAAAUUUCCUUCAAACGUAACAGGUGCCAUAAUAAAAUCAGAUGACUUUCAAGUUGGAGUACGGUACAUGCUUGAGGUUCACGAGUGUAGGGAUGAUGGAGAUUACUUACUGAAAAGGCUGAUCGGGUAUACACGUGAACUGGCCCCAGCCGAAGCUCCAAAUCUGGAUAUUGAGGAAACCACGAGUGAUUCAGUACUGAUUAAAUGGCUUGACAUCCCCGUGGACAAACAGCAAGGAUUCAUUCAGGGCUUCAAGGUUUAUUACAGUAAACUAUACAACAAUUCGGCUUUCAAGCCUGUGGGUGGUCAGAAGCUGAAAACAGAUAAUCUACUGCCAAAGAUCAUAAAUGAUUCUAAUGCACGGACGUUCAAGAUCGGGGGCCUUGAGCCUGGGACGACAUACACUGUGGCACUGCGUGCCUACACCAGAGGAGGGGAUAGUCCCAGCAGAGACGUCACAGUGACUACACCAAACAGCCCCCUUGCUGUGAUUCUUGGGAUUACUUUGCCCCUUGUGGGAGUUAUAACACUGGGAGUCAUCCUCAGUAUCUUCUGUUACCGAAAACAAGAAUGGAUCAAAGAGACAUUUUAUCCUGAUAUUCCCGAUCCAAACAACAGCAAAGUUCUUCAGGAUGGAACCUUCCUUCAGGGAGUCAACUCAUGCAAAACUCUGGAACCAAAAGAUUGUACACCCAAUGAGGUGCAGGUUGUCGAAGAGAAGCAGAUUGGUUUUGACGUUGAGAAGGAGGUUGAAGUGGCUGAUGAGACUGAGGUAGUUCCUGAGGAUAUUUCUGAUACUGAGAACCAGAAUCAAGGUGUCUUAUCGUACAGUCCGCGUAGUGCACCUGUUGGGAAUUCAGGGAAGAUUAACCCAGCGUUUGAGGCAAUGGCCUCUCCAUCCAUCUAUCCCAGUGAGGUAACGUAUACAAGCAUACGAGGUCCUGGCUACCAGCAACAAGAGGCCAGGGACGACGAGGUGGAGGUGAUUGUCAAGUCAGGCUAUCAACCUCAGAUCCAUGGAGCCAUCGAUCUUCCACCAGUCAGGGAGCAGACUGAGGUGCAAGAACUAAUGCCUCGUGUUAAUGGCUAUCAGCCACAGGCCCACCGCCAAUCCUGGAGCCAAGAUUCUGGAGAGUUUCCACCGCCUGAGACUGAUUCCAUUGGCAGCCCAACUUCCAUCAACUCCCAAGCAUUCCUGAUUCCAGAGAGGAUGCUGGGAGAGGAUCACAGUUUAAGACCUGGUGUGAAAACAUGGUCCCUGCCCUUUUUCCAGAAUUCCAGAAUGACUUUUGACUCUAACGACAGCUGAUGAGAGACAUUGGACAAGGAAAGGUUUGGAUACAAGGGGAAGUGCAUCCAAACCUUUAUCAUCAGUUUGUGUCUCAUGUUUGCUCAUUGUGAAUUCCCUGCACCUUGUCCUGGGAAGCUAACACUACAAUGACUGGGAAUGUGGCAGCCUACUCGAUUUAGAUUGGGAACAACAAGCAACUUGUCUUGUCUUUAUUAUAUUAACGUCUUCUCAUAGUUUAGAGGCUGAAACUAAAUGAAAGGUCAAAUUGCAGAAAGCUACCAAUGAGGCGAGAAUUUGUAGUAACAGUUAAGCUCUCUGAGCCACAGUUGGCAUAUUCCUGAGGAGAAUACAGUCUGACUGCUGUUCCUGUCACUGUAUAUGCUAGAACCAGCUCAAGGAGCUGAAUGGCCUAUCUCUUGCUCCUCUCUGGGAAAUAUCAUUUCAUGCUGCAGUUACACAGUUUAUUAGCUGAAGAUAAUUGAGGCACAACCACCACAAUGACAAUGCUAUUAUAUUUUAAUAAAAUAUGAUUGGACUCAAUUGGUGCAGAUGGUUCUAACUGUGGAAUCCUACCAUGAGUGAUUGCUGGCUUAUAUCAUAAAAGACUCUUGUCCAAGGCACCUGAUAAGCUCUGAUUUUGCCUCUUGCAGAGAGGAUUAACGAGAUUGGACAGAUUCUGUCUGGAACAAGGCCAAUUGAGAAAGUUGUCCUUCUGAAUUUCAGACAUACAUGAGCUCUGAUCAUGGCAGUACGAGCCUCCGUCUUUACUCUCGCCACCCUGGUGGAUCUGCGUUGAUUACCCUGGCUUUGUUUCAAAUUGACUUGGUGGGUUGACAAAGUUUAAGUGCUGAUAAGAAUUGGGCUGACUACCUGUGGCUCACUACCUCACACAGCUUUUGAUUCCAGACAGCCAGAACCUUCCUCAGGUGACUGAAGCUCUCGCCUGGCAGUGUCCUUUCAUUAGCAGCUGAAUGACUUGCCCUGAAGAAAAGUUGUGAUGGAUUGGAAACACUUGGCUUCUUCCUCCACAGAGGCUGUCACACCUGCUGAGUUUGUUUAGCACUUUUUUUAUUUUCAAUUUCCAAUAUCUACAGUAUUUUGCUUUUAUCCUUCCUUCCUAACUCCCAAAACAAACACAACAAAUCUGCCCCAUACCCUUCCUCAGGCAGCUAGACCUUGCUUUUCACAAAAACUCAAUCCACUGCACAGAAGUGGCUUAAAUAAAACCGUCCAACAAGCAGGGACAUAGAUUCGCACUCAACCAGGAAGGAAUGGAGCCCUGUCCCUGUAAAUAGUCUGUUUGCAAAAGUUUGCACCAUGGUCUGUAUUAACUGAGUGCUCACAGCCUUAAACACUACAUCUGCUUGACUGCGUUUGGCCAUCAGAAGAUGUGAUUACUUUAAUUCUACCUGUAAUGUGCUUUAUCAAAACCUAUUGCUUCAUAUGCAAUGAAUUGCUUUGAAGCGUUGACAGUUAAUGUGGCUAAAUGUAGCAUGAGCAUUGUUUGUGUGGUUCUGUUUAAAUAUACUCGUGAGUAUGACACACCACAAGCACAGGCCGCAGGCUGAAUUGUUUGGUCUGUGUUUGCAGUCUGAGAUCUUGAAUCUUCAAAGCAUGUUGCAUGAAAGUGGUCAUUUGGCUUUUCUGUCUCUAAGAAACCAGCCUCCGCUUUCAUUCCAGUGCUUUUGGUGAGGGUUGAAAGGAGUGUUUUGAAGGAGCAAAGCAGUUGAUAAAACCUCAGUUGUUUGUAUGACAUCAGUGAACGAAGGUGUGUGUCAACGUCUUGGUUUGGAAGUUGUGACGUUCCAGUAACAUUGUGCAUGAAGUCACUGGGAAUAAAAGACCAAGAAAUCAUUCUGCAUUCUACUGUUAAAAGGCAGUGGUUAUAGACUUUGUUUCUCCUAUGAUCAAAACACAAUACUCUGCUCUGCUAUUCUAGUGAGAUUGGAGCUUUACUGUAAGAAAAGCAUUUGACUGUCAGCUUUUUUAUUCAACGAGCCUUUUUUUUUGGCAUCCACCCAUACUCUAAUUCUGAAAUGAAGAACAAGCUGCAAUAUAUUUACCUUUCUCUUCACCCACACAGGGAGGGGGAGAAUGCAUUUCUGCAUAUCUUUUCAAAAUAGCCUGCAACUUGAUUCAGCAACAUGAACAUUGCCCCUUCAUUUAUCGGUGUGCUGGAUUUGAAGAGAGUUAAAUACCCACUGCUUCAGCAUAAAGAUUGAGUCGAUCACAGUUUCCAUUGCAAGCACUGAGAAUGACAACUGGGCAGUGAUGAAAAAUCAUUAUUUCUGCUGUUUCAUAUCUGCUUGUUGGGAGUUCUGAUGCAAUAAUGUUUCAUCGACAGAAAGUGAUACUGUGAAAGGAAACGUACGCACCACGCAUUAUUGAUCUCUGGCAGGAAACAUGCCAACAUUUCCUCCAUCUCAUGUAUACACGGCCCCACACGCAUACAUACCUGCCUAGGUGCGCAGGAAGAUGUGCGCAAGCUUAUCUGUGCAUAUACAGAGGAACCUUGAUUAGCCAAAUGAGAUGGCGGACUCUAUUUCAUUUGGAUAGUUGAUUAUUCGGUUAAUUUAUUCAGUGCCUCACUCAGACACUGAGUUUUCUCAAGUUUCCUUUUUCCUCGCUCUGCCUGCUUUGCUCCCCCUCUCUGUCUCAGGGUUUGUUCUGAGCAGAGGCACGUGUGUAAGGGACCUGCAGCAUUGCUGAACCUCCCCACCCACCUACCCAAUCAGUUCAAUGGGAUUGACAUGGCAAGCACUUACUAAGUCCGCUUUUCAGGACAAUAUUUGAGAGAUGAUCUGGGGAAGCGGGGUUUACGGUACCCCCCCUGUGUAGAACUCCAGGGGAGUUGAGGAGAGAGA